AUGGCUUCCCUUAGCAGCGCAGAGUGGAGGGCUCUCUGCGACAAAUUUACCACCGCCCAAAACCUGUCCGAGGUGGAGUCUCGGAAAGACCCGGCAAACGACCCUUUCCGCUCCAAGUACAAGGCCAGGGAGCUCCUCAGAGAGAUUUACUGCGCGCUGAAGAGUUUUGAAACCACCGAGGGUGAAAAUGAGAGCGGCGACCAGCGGCCGACGGAGCAGCCGGUGGACGGUGAGAGGGAGGACGGCUUCGGCCGGGGCUUCAACGGAGACUCGCCGGCCGGGCUGCGGGCCGCUAAACUGGGAGCUGUGGAGUAUUACCUGGGUGUCAACCACAUCGAGACGGAGGAGCUGUCAGCCGGCCAGGAGCAUUUGAUGAACUGUAUGAAACAGCUGGAGAAAUGCAGUGUGUCGUCAGAAAAUGUGUCGCUGUACAUCCAUGUCAGGAACCAGUUGGGCAUCCUCUGGGCAGGACGGGAUGAGACAGAGAAGGCUCAGGGCUUCCUGGAAACAGCCGAAUCCAUCUACCAGCGAUACAUGAAGGAGGAAGGAAGUCCUCCUAUGGACAUGACAGAGUACUUCACCACUGAAGAGAACCAGCUGACCCACCAGGAAAGGACCAAGAGGUUUGAGUUGGCCUACACUCAUACGAUGUACUACCUGGCUCAGGUCUAUAAAAACCUUGGUGAAAUUGAGCGUGCUGCCACUUACUGCCAUAGUACACUACAGAGACAGCUGCUCCUGAACCAGUACAACCCAUUGGAGUGGGCACUAAAUGCUGCGACACUCUCACAGUAUUAUAUUACCAAGGGUCGCUACAUGGAGGGCAGACAUUGCCUCUCAGCAGCCACGGUCAUAGCAGGUUUGGCAGGGGAGGUUCCUUCUGAGGCUGCAGCACAAGAGAGUGAGACAGAGAGGGAGCGCAGGGACCAGCUGAGACAGAAGAGGGCAGAGAUCGCCAGGUGUUGGAUCAAAUACUGUCUCAACCUGCUGCAGGAUGCUGAGAAACUGCUACAGGACAACAUUGGAGAGCUGGAUACUGAGCGUCAAGAAGAGCUGAAGAGAGCAAGAAGAGGGGAGGAGGAAGCAGAGGAGAAGGACAGGAAGAGUGCUCUACUUUUUGGUUCAGAGGACACGUUCGACUCCAUCGCCAGUCUGGAAGAGAAGGUGCGCUGUUUGUUCCCUUUGGACUUCACUGAGGCGAGGGCUGUAUUUCUGGUGGGACAGACUUAUGUCACACAGGCCAAGGAGUACUUUGAGAUCGAUGGCUAUGUGACAGACCACAUAGAGAUCUUGCAGGACCACAGUGCUUUGUUCAAGGCCUUGGCCUUCUUCGAGGAGGAUCUUGAGCGACGCUGCAAAAUGCACAAGCGACGAAUCGAUAUGCUAGAGCCGAUCUGCAACGACUUGAACGCCCAGUACUACUUACUGAUUCGCCGACAGUUGAUGUUUGAGCUGGCUGAGACCUACAAUGAGAUGAUGGACCUGAAACUGUCCCUGGCCAACAGACAGGCAGACACACAGCCUCUGGAUAACCACACCAUUAAGAAGUUCAACCACCUCUGCUCUUCUUCUGCCAAAUACUUCCAGAUGUUCCUUGACUCUCUGUGUUCUCCGGAGGGGAAGUUUCCAGAGCGCCUGGAGGAGGAGGUCCUGAGACCGGCUCUGGUGGCCCGGUUCAGAGUUGCCCGACUCCACAGCAGACUGAUUUGUUCUGUACCCUCCGCUCAGCUGGACAACCUCAACAAGUCUCUGGACAACUACAAGUAUGUAGUCGAGUAUUGUGAGGCCCACCCUGAGGCCGUGGCUGCUGUGGAGACAGAGCUGGAGCUGAGCCAGGAGAUGGUCGGACUACUCCCAAUCAAAAUCAACCGCCUGAAAGCCAGGAUGGCCACAAACAACUGAAGGCUGCCCCUGUUGACCGACCAACUAACUUUUUGGUUGAAUUAGCUGACUAAUCCGUUAGGCAGUUAACUCAAAUCAGCCAUCCUUAAAACAACUUUCUGACUUCCUUCAUUAUUUUGUUAGCUGAUGCUGUCCUGAAAACACAGUGAAUUUGCUGCUAACUACAGGCUGUGUAUCUUCUGUUGAGUAAAGAGUUGAAAGCACUGGGAUCAAGUUCCCUAGUGAUAGUUAUUGAUCAGGCUUGUGGCAGCGACAUGAUUGCCUUUGAAAACUAUGAAUUGCUCUUAAAAAUACCUGUAUUUGCAUGAUGCCAACUUCCUCCAUUGCACCUUGUCUGUUAAUUCUGUCUGUGAGGAUUCAGAAUGUCCUCAUGUUGUAUGUAGAUAUAUAGCGAUAACAGUAAACCAAUAUUGUGAAUAAAAUAAUACACACUGAGGUUAAUAUGUUGUGAAGUGGGAUCAGUUUCGCAGGUAUUUUAAGAUAGAAUUAAGGCUUAUUUUACUUCACUUUUUAAUUUAUUUUUGUUGUACUGUGCAGUCGGACUUAAAUGGGUUAUUGGGCUGUUUCUGGUUGGUCUCCAUAUUAUGGGAGUACCAGUAUGUUUUAGUCACUCUUAUACUGUUUGGGUUCUGAACUGAAAAAAAGUUGAAUUCAGACUAUGAAUUUCCUUAAUGCAGAGAGCUCCACAGGGAGAAGUGUCUUAAUCCAUGUGUGUAAAACCAUCUCAUUUUGUUAUGUCUUACAAACUGAUUGUGUUUUUGUCACCUUAUCUCAUAUAAAGAUAUAUCUCAAAUAACA